GUAUGGCUGAAUCAUGGAUGGAACAUUGUUACAGCUCAUAAAGAAGGAAACCAACAAGAGAGGAGCAGGUGAAUGAAAAUGAACAACCCUUCUGUGUUGAACAAAGAGCUGUUUAUCCCAUGUGGAGAGGUGCUGCUGGUGGUAGUGGAGGUGCAGAGGGCACGGAGCAGGUACAGGUCUCUGCUGAGAAACAAGAGGGGCUCCUCCUUCCUCUGUGUUUCAGUGACAAAGAGCAAACCUGAGCAGCUCCACAUCACAAAGGUAAAGAGGAGCGGAGACUCUGGCCUCACCAGAAGGUCCCAGUGGAAAGUGGAGGAACUGCGGCAGGUUAAUGGCAUAAACCCAUACAAGGACAGCCCCGAGUUUGAGCUGACUUUUGACAACACUGUGGACCACUGGGUGACCCGCUCUGCUGCUGACAAGUGCAUCUUUGUCCAAGUCCUGUAUGGGGCUUGUAAGGCUCACCUGAGAAGCCCCUCUGGAUGUGUGGUGAUUGUACCUGGGCCAGAUGAGGGCCAGAAGAAGGCUCCAGGCACUGAGAGCGUGGGCCCCUCUCCCGGCCCUAUGCCCACAAGUCUGCGCAUCAGACGCAAAAGCAUCGCUCCCCCAAGACAAACUCUCUUUAUCAACUGCCAACCCAAGCUGACCCGAGAUGCCCAUCGCAUGAACCUAGUCAUCUACCAGUGUAAAGCCCUUCUCAACCGAAUGAAGAAUAAAGUGGCUGCUAAACAAAAGCAGUACAGAGAUCAGGAGCGCUCAGGUCAGCCUGAUGAAGCAGGUCUGAUGAGGAGUCUGGUGCAGAGGGUCACUGUGGCUCUGGGGAGGAGGAAGAGCAAACUGAGAGCAGCUGAAGACCGGACUGAGGAGCUGAGACAGGCAGCUCAGCGCUUUGCCCAGAGUGCUCGCCAGGCGGCUGCAGGCUGGGUGAUGGAUGAGGCCGAGUGUGCCGCGCUCAUUCAUCACUCCUGA